AUGACGGUCUUCAAGUUGAGCAGGAUCUUCCAGGUCUCCGUUGACAGUCUGUACCUUACAGACGACGCUAAUGUGGCGAUAUUUGCCAGCGAUUCGUCAGGAAUGUUCAGCUCACUGGACCUGUGUCCAAGGGGGCAUUAUGAAGUUCACGGGGAGGACGAUGUCGCCGCCCCAGGAUCAAGUACGGGGCAACGCUUUGCCUUCUCAAGGCCUCCGACUAGUAGUACAGUGACCAGUGGCUCACUGCUGGGUGCCGCUGCUCUCCCCAGAGCCUCAAACAAAACGUUUCAAAGAUCCGUGUACCUUGCUGAGGCACUUAGCGGCAAGCUCAGUGUGAGCAGGAUGGUCAUGGUGAGAUUUUCGGAAGCUGAGGCCUCUCUUCAGGGGAUCGCUGCCAAAGUGAAGGAAGCCAUUGGGAGUGCGGAGAAUUUGAUUUUGACGGAUUCUCAGGGGAAUGCUAUUGUGGAAUCGGAGGGAACAACAGGGUCACCUUAUUGGAGACAAAAUGCCAGAAAAGUUCUUGCUGUCCCAGAAAAAGACUUCACAGACCUGCAGGGCACCAAGAGGAGGAGAAUGAGCCGGAAAAACGAAGAGGUUGGAGGCAUUGCCGAGGUCACAGAAAAAAUUGAAGAGCUGGUUCUUGCAUCACAGAGUCUCCCGGAUGUUACAUCUGCAAUCAGGGAGCUCACCGAUCUGGCUGCAGUUAAAAGACUGACCCUGACUCAAUCACAGCUACCGGCCAUUAAGCAUGGGUUCUCUUGUGCUUUUUGCUUGAAGUACUGA